CUUCCGCAACAGGCAGUCGGCAGCCAUUAGCGAAUCCCCUCGACAACACCAUGGAGCACGUUGACCAGACUGAGAAGGCCUACCAAAAGCAGCAGGGCGUGUUCCUUGCCAGCAAGAAGUUUGCCGGUAAGAAGAAGGGCCCUCGUUUCUACAAGGAGGUGGGUCUGGGCUUCAAGACCCCCAAGAGCGCCAUCGAGGGCCAAUACGUGGACAAGAAGUGCCCGUUCACUGGCAACAUCUCGAUUCGUGGCCGUAUCCUCAAGGGCGUCGUUCUCUCGACCAAGAUGAAACGCACGAUCAUUGUGCGUCGUGACUACUUGCACUUCGUCAAGAAGUACAAGCGUUUCGAGAAGCGUCACAAGAACGUGGCUGCCCACCUGUCGCCUGCCUUCCGCGUGAAGGAGGGUGACGUCGUCACCAUCGGCCAGUGCCGCCCGCUUGCCAAGACGGUGCGCUUUAACGUGCUGGAGGUCGAGCCUGCCUCGGAGACCAAGCCCAUCAACGUGCGCAAGCAGUUCCGCCAGUUUUAAGUGUUCGUCGAGCGAACAACUGGUUGGGUGUCGGGCUAUAGCUUGUAGUGCGAGCUAAACGACUGUCAAUCCAAUGAUAAUCAGGGGUUUCACAACAAUUA